CGGGACCCCUGCUAAGCGGCCCCGGGCGCUGGCCGCCCCUCGAGCCUGCUCGGAAUGCGUUCAGUGGGUCUGGCCAUUGGCUCCUGUUUAAACAGCGAUUGUCAUGCAAUAGAAACCGCCCGGGUCCUGGAUGCCACUUGGUCGUUGUCACUCCGGAUGCCCGCGUAGGGCGUUUAUCUGGACCAGAGCAUCGGCAGCUGGGACCUGGCUGUGGUUCACAAGCUCGUGAAUUAGCAGGUUCUUAACUAGACUUUGGGCUCCUUGAGGAUAUUCAGUUUUAUACGUUUGAAUAUCCUCUCACCAUGUUCAGCGGAAAAUACCAUUCUUAAUGAUUAUCCUCAACAAGACGGGUGUGAGAAGAUUGCUGUUGUAUUUCAAUCAUGGUGCAGAAAUACCAGUCGCCAGUGAGGGUGUACAAAUACCCCUUUGAAUUAAUUAUGGCUGCCUAUGAAAGGAGGUUCCCUACGUGUCCUUUGAUUCCGAUGUUCGUGGGCAGUGACACUGUGAAUGAAUUCAAGAGUGAAGAUGGGGCUAUUCAUGUCAUUGAAAGGCGCUGCAAGCUGGAUGUCGAUGCACCCAGACUGCUGAAGAAGAUUGCAGGAGUUGAUUAUGUUUAUUUUGUCCAGAAAAACUCACUGAAUUCUCGGGAACGUACUUUGCACAUUGAGGCUCAUAAUGAAACAUUUUCCAAUCGGGUCAUCAUUAACGAGCAUUGCUGCUACACCGUUCACCCUGAAAAUGAAGAUUGGACCUGUUUUGAACAGUCUGCAAGUUUAGAUAUUAAAUCUUUCUUUGGUUUUGAAAGUACUGUGGAAAAAAUUGCAAUGAAACAAUAUACCAGCAACAUUAAAAAAGGAAAGGAAAUCAUUGAAUACUACCUUCGCCAGUUAGAAGAAGAAGGCAUAACCUUUGUGCCCCGUUGGACUCCGCCUUCCAUCACGCCCUGUUCAGAGACAUCUUUGUCAUCCUGCAAGAAACAAGCAGCGUCCAUGGCCGUCGUCAUCCCAGAUGCUGCCCUCAAGGAGGGGCUGAGUGGUGAUGCCCUCAGCAGCCCCAGUGCACCUGAGCCCGUGGUGGGCACCCCUGACGACAAACUAGAUGCCGACUACAUCAAGAGAUACCUGGGCGAUUUGACUCCGCUGCAGGAGAGCUGCCUCAUUAGACUUCGCCAGUGGCUCCAGGAGACCCACAAGGGCAAAAUUCCAAAAGAUGAGCAUAUUCUUCGGUUUCUCCGUGCGCGGGAUUUUAAUAUUGACAAAGCCAGAGAGAUCAUGUGUCAGUCUUUGACGUGGAGAAAGCAGCACCAGGUAGACUACAUUCUUGAAACCUGGACCCCUCCUCAGGUCCUUCAGGAUUACUACGCGGGAGGCUGGCAUCAUCACGACAAAGAUGGGCGGCCCCUCUACGUGCUCAGGCUGGGGCAGAUGGACACCAAAGGCUUGGUGAGAGCGCUCGGGGAGGAAGCCCUGCUGAGAUACGUUCUCUCCAUAAAUGAAGAAGGGCUAAGGCGAUGCGAAGAGAAUACGAAAGUCUUCGGUCGGCCUAUCAGCUCGUGGACCUGCCUGGUGGACUUGGAGGGGCUGAACAUGCGCCACCUGUGGAGACCUGGUGUGAAAGCCCUGCUGCGGAUCAUCGAGGUGGUGGAGGCCAACUACCCGGAGACGCUGGGCCGCCUGCUCAUCCUGCGGGCGCCCAGGGUGUUUCCUGUGCUCUGGACGCUGGUUAGUCCGUUCAUUGAUGACAACACCAGAAGGAAAUUCCUCAUUUAUGCCGGAAAUGACUACCAGGGUCCUGGAGGCCUGCUGGACUACAUCGACAAAGAGAUUAUUCCAGAUUUCCUGAGUGGAGAGUGCAUGUGCGAAGUGCCAGAGGGCGGACUGGUCCCCAAAUCUCUGUACCGGACUGCGGAGGAGCUGGAGAACGAAGACCUCAAGCUCUGGACUGAGACCAUUUACCAGUCUGCAAGUGUCUUCAAAGGAGCCCCGCACGAGAUUCUCAUUCAGAUCGUGGAUGCCUCGUCAGUUAUCACUUGGGAUUUCGACGUGUGCAAAGGGGACAUUGUCUUUAACAUCUAUCACUCCAAGAGGUCGCCACAGCCAGCCAAAAAGGACUCGCUGGGAGCCCACAGCAUCACCUCUCCAGGUGGGAACAACGUGCAGCUCAUAGACAAAGUCUGGCAGCUGGGCCGCGACUACAGCAUGGUGGAGUCGCCGCUGAUCUGCAAAGAAGGAGAAAGCGUGCAGGGUUCCCAUGUGACCAGGUGGCCGGGCUUCUACAUCCUGCAGUGGAAAUUCCACAGCAUGCCCGCGUGCGCUGCCAGCAGCCUGCCCCGGGUGGACGACGUGCUCGCAUCCCUGCAGGUCUCUUCACACAAGUGUAAAGUGAUGUACUACACCGAGGUGAUCGGCUCGGAGGAUUUCAGAGGUUCCAUGACGAGCCUGGAGUCCAGCCACAGCGGCUUUUCCCAGCUGAGUGCCGCCACCACCUCCUCCAGCCAGUCCCACUCCAGCUCCGUGCUCUCCAGAUGGCGAUUUUGCUGACAGCUGCCAAGAAAAUGCUUCACUGAAGAGUCCUCAUGUGCCCAGAGAUGUUUAUAGAACUGUUUGAAUUGCAGCCAUCCCCUGCCCCCUCCCAGGCUGAAGAUCUGUUCUUUUUAAGUUGAUUCGGGAGUGGCAUUCUUUUCUCCCCAAAGAGUUUAGUGCAUCGUGAAGAGCUCAAAGCACAUGACGGCACAAAUGCUUACAGGGUUUCCUCCCGAGUAAUCCAGGCUCACUCCCCUUGUAAGGGAAUUCUGGGGCAGCUAUGGUUUGAGGAUGCAGUUGGCAUCGUGUCUCUACUUUUAGUACCUUGCCACUCUUUUAAAACGCUGCUGUCAUUUCCCGUUUCUUAGUACUAAUGAUUCUUUGAUUUUCCCUCUAUUACUUAUGUCUUAAUUCACUUUCCUUCCUAAAUUUGUUAUUUGCAUAUCAAAUUCUGUAAAUGUUUUGUAAACAUAUUACCUCACUUGGUAAUACAAUACUGAUAGUCUUUAAAAGAUUUUUUUAUUGUUAUCAAUAAUAAAUGUGAACUGUUUAAAGAAAA